AUGGAGGGUUCUUUAGAGCAGAAGACAGAAGUAGAAAAGCAGCAGCAGCAGCAGCAGCAGCUCUCAGCUGGGCCGAGAAAGGGUGGGUAUAGAACCAUGCCCUUCAUCAUAGUGAAUGAGUCAUUUGAGAAGAUAGCGGGAUACGGGAUAAUGCCAAACAUGAUAUUCUACUUGAUGAAGGGAUACCAUAUGCAGGCUGCUGAUGGAGCCACCAUCCUCUUCGUUUGGUCUGCCAUUUCCAACUCCUUCGCCCUUCUCGGUGCUUUCCUCUCUGACUCUUACUUGGGUCGCUUUCCCGUCAUUGCUUUGGGCUCCUUCUCCAGCAUUCUUGGCCUAACACUUCUGUGGCUAACAGCCAUGAUCCCCCAGCUGAAGCCUCCUCCUUGCGCCCAAUCUAGCAACGGCUGCACCAGUGCCCCGGCUUCACCAGCUCAGCUGGCUACCCUACUCUUCUCUUUCGGGUUCUUGUCCAUCGGAGCUGGCUGCAUUAGACCAUGCUCAAUUGCUUUUGGUGCAGACCAACUGAGCAACGAAGACAACCCCAACAAUGAUGGCCUCAUCCAGAGUUUCUUCAACUGGUACUACGCAUCGGUCGGGACUUCAACCAUUCUCGCAUUCACCGUUGUAGUUUAUAUUCAAGAUCACUUGGGAUGGAAAGUGGGUUUUGGAGUUCCUGCAUCUUUGAUGGUUCUUUCAACUCUGAUGUUCCUCUUGGGCUCUCCCCUUUAUGUCAAAGUGAAGGCUGAGAAGAGCCUGUUUACUGGUUUCAUUCAAGUGGUUGUGGCUACCUUCAAGCGGAGAAAUCUUCCCUUCCCUUCCCAGAAUUUUUUGGAUUACCACAAUGGCCGAGAUUUAAAGCGCAUUGCUCCAACAAAAAAACUCAGGUUUCUUAACAAAGCUUGCACCAUCCGAGACCACAAGAAGGAUUUAAAAGCAGAUGGCUCAGCUUCUAACCCAUGGAAUCUCUGCACAAUAAACCAAGUAGAAUCACUCAAGGCUCUGCUUCGAGUCUUACCAAUGUGGUCCACUGGUAUAAUUAUCCUAGUCAGUCUGAACCAAACCUCCUUUUUUGUGCUCCAAGCCAGCGUCAUGGACCGACACAUCACCCCCAAAUUCAAAAUUCCAGCAGGAUCAUUCUCAGUGUUCACUGUCCUUUCAUUAACGAUCUGGUUGAUCAUCUACGAUCGCGCAUUAGUCCCGGUACUAGCAAAAUUCACUGGAAGACCUCGUGGGCUUAGCACCAAAGUGCGAAUGGGGAUCGGCUUACUACUCGCCACUGCAGCUAUAGCGAUAUCUGCAGUGCAGGAACACAUAAGGAGGAAGGCUGCAAUUGAUCAGGGGCUGGUGGAGAAGCCUAAGGCCAUCAUGAACAUGUCUGCUAUGUGGCUAGUUCCACAGUUCUGCCUGUUUGGCUUGGCUGAGGCCUUUAAUGCAAUUGGGCAGAUUGAUUUUUACUACUCUCAGUUUCCCAGGAGCAUGUCAAGCAUUGCAGUGGCUCUCUUCACAUUGGGGAUGGCUGUUUCUAAUUUGGUGGGAAGUCUUCUGGUGAAGAUUGUUGAUAGGAUUACAAGGAAUGGAGGGAAAGAAAGUUGGAUGUCAAGUAACCUUAACAAGGGUCAUUUGGAUUAUUACUAUUGGCUUAUUACUGCAUUGAGUGUGGUUAAUUUUGGGUAUUUUCUUGUUUGUUGCUGGGCUUAUGGACCGACCGAAGAGGAGAAAAGCCAGUGUGGUACUGGUUGGAGCAAGGGCGGCUACUUGCUGCGGUUUUGCCGGAUUGCUGGAGUGCCACCGCGGAAGAUGGUUGGAGCUUCAACUGCUACAAGGGCUCGCCGGUGA